CUGUGUCCCGGCCGGGCGCUGCUGACACUGCGUUCUUUGGACUCUGUGAAACUAGAGUAGUUCUCAGUCUUCGAAAAUUGGGGGCUAGUCUCCUGCACAAGAUAGUAGUGAAAGUUGCGCCCGCGCCCAGGACUGAGGAUGAGCAGGCGAUCACCCCUAGAGUGGUCACGGGUCAGUCUUCUGUUGCGUCCCACAUCUUCCUGAACUUGAUUCUUCUAGCCCUUGGGUUGUGUCCCGAGCGUUGCAACCCCAUUGCCUCAGCCUGGGGCCAUUUAGGUUUCUCUGUCUAGUCCUUUUAUCCCAUAGCAAGUUGGCUGUCUGCUGGGGAAGACAGAGGUGGCGACUUCACCCCCACCCUGAUAACAAACUGUUACAGGGCUGUAAGGAGCAGCCAUUUUAGGGGGUGCUGAUGGAUACCUGCGGGGUCGGCUAUGUUGCGCUGGGGGAGGCCGGCCCCGUGGGGAGCAUGACUGUGGUAGACUCUCCUGGACAAGAGGUGCUAAGCCAGCUUGAUGUCAAGGUCUCUUCAGAAACAACCAGUGCAGAAGCUUCCAUAGAGAUGUCAUUACCUACCCCUUUGCCCGAAUUUGAAGAGUCUCUUGAUGAGAGGAUGCUCCCUGCAGAACAGGAAAGCCUCUCCAGUUUGGAGCAGCAAGAUCUUUCUUCAGAGAUGUCAAAGGUCUCAAAGCCUAGGGCCUCAAAGCCUGGCCGGAAGAAAGGUGGUAGGACACGGAAAGGCCCCACAAGGCCCCAACAACCUAACCCUCCAUCAGCCCCUCUGGUUCCUGAUCUCUUAGAUCAAUCCAACCCUCUGCCCACUCCCAUGCCUAAGAAACGAGGUCGAAAGUCCAAGGCAGAGCUGCUACUACUGAAGUUGUCAAAAGGCCUAGAUCAGCCAGAGUCUCCACCUCCAAAGAGGCCCCCUGAGGACCUUGAGACCCCUCCUGGGGAACGACCCCGCCGAAGGGCUGCCCAAGUGGCACUUCUGUACCUUCAGGAACUGGCUGAAGAACUCUCAACAGCCAUGCCUGCGCCAGUGUCCUGUCCUGAGGCCCCGAAGGACAGCAGCCCCACCAUACCGAAGAAAAGCCAGCAGCAGGCGGCCUGUCAAGGUGGAGGAGAGGAUGACACCACACGGGAUGAAGACUUUGUUCUCCAGGUUGAGGCUGAAGAUGGAGAAGAAAGUGAGGUCCCAAGUGAGAGCUCUUCUGACCCCGAGCCUGCAGUGCCUCGAAGCACCUCCCAAGGAUCCACUUCAGGGGUAACAGAAGUCGACAAGAGAAGAAAUGGAGAGGAAACACAGAUACGAAUAAGACAGAGUCCUGCCCCACAGAGUUCACAGUGGGAUAAGUGCUACCAGGCUCCUGGAGGACAGAAGCAGAAACCACACUGCCGGGGAAUGGCUCUCAAUGGCUUGCCAAAUCACAUCAUGGCUCCAGUUUGGAAGUGCUUUCAUCUCACCAAGGACCUCCGAGAACAGAAGCAUUCAUACUGGGAGUUUGCAGAAUGGAUUCCUUUAGCCUGGAAGUGGCAGUUGUUAUCUGAACUGGAGGCAGCGCCCUACCUGCCCCAAGAGGAAAAAUCUCCACUCUUUUCUGUGCAACGUGAAGGGCUUCCUGAAGAUGGUACGCUCUACAGGAUAAACAGAUUUAGCUCAAUCACAGCACACCCAGAGCGUGGGGAUUUAUCUUUCUUCACCGGGGGACCCCUCUGGGCUCUGGACUGGUGUCCAGUGCCAGAGGGGGCAGCGGCCUCGCAGUAUGUGGCCCUUUUCUCCAGCCCUGACAUGAACGAGACGCACCCACUGAGCCAGCUUCAUUCAGGCCCUGGGCUGCUCCAGCUCUGGGACCUUGGGACAUUGCAGCCAGAAAGCUGUCCUGGCACCAGGGCCCAUUUUGUUUAUGGGAUUGCUUGUGACCAUGGCUGCAUCUGGGACCUCAAGUUCUGCCCCAGUGGGGCAUGGGAACUUCCAAGCACCCCUCGCAAGGCACCUCUCCUGCCCCGGUUGGGUCUCUUAGCUCUUGCCUGCUCAAACGGGAAGGUGCUGCUGUUCAGUCUGCCCCACCCUGACGCCCUGCUGGCUCAGCAGCCCCCAGAUGCCAUGAAGCCUGCCAUCUAUAAGGUACAGUGUGUGGCGACCCUUCAGGUGGGGUCUAUGCAGGCUGCAGACCCCCCUGAGUGUGGCCAGUGCCUUAGCCUGGCCUGGAUGCCCACCCGGCCCCACCACCACCUGGCUGCUGGAUACUAUAAUGGCAUGGUGGUUAUCUGGAACCUUCCCACUAAUUCACCUCUGCAGCGGAUACGGCUCUCUGAUGGCUCCUUGAAGCUCUACCCUUUCCAGUGUUUCCUAGCCCAUGACCAGGCCGUGCGUACCCUUCAGUGGUGCAAAGCUAACAGUCAUUUCCUAGUCUCUGCAGGGAGUGACCGAAAGAUCAAAUUCUGGGACCUUCGAAGACCUUACGAACCGAUAAACUCUAUCAAGCGCUUCUUGAGUACAGAGCUGGCCUGGCUGCUCCCCUACAAUGGUGUCACGGUGGCUCAGGACAACUGCUAUGCCUCUUAUGGACUCUGUGGAAUUCAUUACAUUGAUGCUGGUUACCUUGGUUUCAAGGCCUACUUCACUGCUCCUCGAAAAGGCACUGUUUGGAGUCUUUCAGGAUCUGACUGGCUUGGGACAAUAGCCGCAGGAGAUAUAUCCGGGGAGCUCAUUGCCGCCAUAUUGCCUGAUAUGGCACUGAACCCGAUAAAUGUCAAGCGACCUGUAGAGCGAAGAUUCCCUAUAUAUAAAGCAGAUCUGAUGCCAUAUCAGGACAGUUCUGAAGAUCAAGACCACUCUUCUGUUUCAUCUGGGGUCCCCAACCCUCCAAAGGCUCGGACUUACGCUGAAACUGUGAACCAUCACUACUUGCUUUUUCAAGACACAGAUUUGGGCUCCUUCCACGAUAUGCUCCACAGAGAGCCCGUGCUGCGCAUGCAGGAGAGGGAGGGGCACUCUCAGCUCUGCCUGGACAGGCUGCAGCUAGAGGCUAUUCAUAAGGUACGUUUCAGCCCAAACCUGGAUUCCUAUGGAUGGCUGGUAUCUGGGGGGCAGUCAGGGCUGGUUCGGAUCCAUUUUAUCCGUGGACUCACCUCCCCAGUGGGCCAUCGUAUGCAGCUUGAAAGCCGAGCCCACUUCAGUGCUAUGUUCCAACCGUCCUCCCCUACUGAAGGAUCUGGCUUCCCUCCAACCAGCCAUCGCCUUCUGUCCAGUCCCUAGUCGUGACCCACACAGGACCCUUGGAAUGAAGUCUGCCAUGAACAAAUGGCCCCAUGCGCAGAGCCGUAGGAACUGAGGCCUUCCUGGACAGUGAUAUUGCCAGGCCUGGACCUGUAGGCCUGCCAGGACUCUUUAGAUUUCUCUCCUUCCACAGACUCAUCAUCAUAGCCUCCUGCAGGCAGAGGGGCUCACCCUCUACAAACUUGCCAGGCUCAGCCUAAAACUAUGGCUCAUGAGAAACACUCAGGCCUUAACCUAGGCUUGGGAGUCAAAUUGCUCAUAUUGAGCAUAUUGUGAAGUGGGUAAAGCUAAGUAAAGGUACUGGGUGUUUUUGAGACCACAUGUGAGUGGGUGUUUGGAGAACCAGAAAGGGUAUCUGCAUGAAGGCUCCUAUCUGACUGCAGGGUCCAAUAUUACUGCCUUCCCAAACUUCCUUUUUAGAGUAAUCAACAUACAGACCCAUGAAUGGGUGGUAGCAAUUUGGACUGAAGCUCUCCUAGUACCUCUAACUGAGGACACCACAGAUGCCCUAGCGCUAGAGCGGUGGCUCGGGUCUUAUUUGCUCCUGCUUAUGAAAUAUUCCCAUCACUGGUUAUCUGACCCUACUUGAAUACUACUAGAUAGUCAUGUUUUAAAAACUCCAUUUAUAUCAAGUCAGAGUAUACCUCUAAAUUUUACCCUGGGUAUUAGGAAAUCUAGUCCUCCUUCCCUGUGAUUGCCCUUUUAAGUACUUAACAAUAGCUAUCAUGUGUUUCCCAAGUCUUUUCUUCUCUAGAUUAAAUAUCUUCAGUUACUUUAACCAUUCUUUUAUGAUUUUGAUCUUUCAUGAUAUGGUCACACAGUUGACUUAUUAAACAUGUUCACCUAUAUGACCGCUAUUAUGUAGGUUUUUAGAACCCAACUAAAGCAAUG